GUUAAACAUUCCGGAGGAAACGCGGACUCCACUGUCAAACAUAACAGCUUUAUGUUUCCCCCAGUGACUGGCUUAUGAACUGCGUCUCAGCUUGGUCGACUGGGAAACAGGCGCCUUUAAUCAUGGAUCACCGAGAACUUGAUCUUACCGAGGCACAGAAGGCGAUAAAGUCAAAAUACCCACCAAUCGAAAAGAAAUAUGAAUAUUUGGACCAUACAGCUGAUGUACAGCUCCAUGCAUGGGGGAAUUCACUGGAGGAGGCGUUUGAGCAGUGCGCCAUGGCCAUGUUCGGGUACAUGACAGAUACAGAGACGGUGGAGCCCAUUGACACCGUUGAGGUGGAGUCUGAAGGGGAUGACAUGGAAUCUCUGCUGUUUCAUUUCCUGGAUGACUGGCUGUUUAAAUUCAGUGCUGACCCCUUCUUUGUUCCACGGGAGGUCAAAGUGCUGAACAUCGACCGCAUGCGGUUCCGGGUCCGGUCCAUCGGGUGGGGAGAGGAGUUCAGUGUGUCCAAGCACCCACAGGGGACGGAGGUGAAGGCGAUCACAUACUCAGCCAUGCAGAUCCGUGAUGAGGACAAGCCAGAAAUCCUUGUCAUCAUCGAUAUAUGACUGGGGGGAUGCUGGAUCCCAGCCAAAGUCGGGCUUCAGUGGAGUGAACUUUGCCAUGGAUACACAACAUUUUUCAUUUAAGAAUAUCACAGUCCAGAAUAUACUUUGAAUAUAAUCAUUUAUUUAGAUUAAUAUAGCAAGUAUGUUCCUCAGCAGAGUCGAUAAGUAAAUGAACUGCAGCAGCAGCUGUUUGUGCUCCAUCAUGGGCAGCCUAUACUGAGCCUCAGAACGUUCCGGAACCCAUUCUGCAUUAAUGUGUUAAUUCCACAUUAGACUAAAACCAAAGUUUACCACUAGAUUCUUCUUGUAAUAUACCUGACUUCGCUUCACUGGCAGAGAUUGAAUCUUAUUAUUAUACUUAUUCAUAAUAAACACAUUGAGAAUAUGACCUCUAA